AUGGCCGAACCCGUGCUUGCUUCUUUGAUCCAUGUCUUAGGCUCCCUGCUUAGUAGCAGAGCAACCGACCAUGGCCGGCGCCUCUGGUCCGUAAGUCGUGAUGUCGGAUGGCUCCGUGAUGAGCUCCACAGCAUGCAGCUCUUCCUUCACGAGAUGGAGGUUUGUAGCAUUGAGGGCGGCGUCGCCAGAGAAGCAUGGAUUGACCAGAUGAGGGACAUCAUGUCCGACUCAGAGGACACCAUCGACAUCUUCGACGCCAGCCAAGUACAAGGCUGCUGUGUUCUUGGUAAGCUGAGAUCGAGGCAUGACGUCGGGGCUCGGAUCAGGCGUAUCCGGGCUCAGCUGAGUGACAUCUCCCGUCGCCGACUGGAGUAUGCAGUUGAAAGACCUAGAGAAUCAAGUGAUAAGUGGAUCCAUGGUCUUUUAGCCUCAUCUCCGAUGGUUCAUGACAUAGAUGUUGUAGGCCUGGAUAAAUAUCUGGAUGUGUUGCUUCGGCAUAUCUUGGAUGGAGGCUCAGAGUCGGAGCUAAGUGUCAUAUCCUUGGUUGGCAUGGGAGGUGUUGGGAAGACCACACUUGCCAAGAAGGUGUACACCAACCCGGACGUGAAGAAGCAUUUCGAAUGCUGCGCGUGGAUCUAUGUGUCGAAAACGAUGGAGCUGCACUCUGUCCUCUGUGAGAUGGCCAACGGGCUGAUGAAGAUCCCCUCUGCAGAGGCGAGCUCCCUCUGCGAGAAGCAGCUCCUAGAAUUGCUCUUGAGUGGCCUUGGCUGUAAAAAGUUUCUGCUUGUGUUUGAUGAUGUCUGGGACAGAGGGUUGUGGGAUAUCAUCAAGCUAGUACUGCCCAGAAAAUGCAGCGGGAGCCGAGUGCUUGUGACAACUCGUAAUGCCGCCGUGGCUGGCUCAGUUGAAGGCGUAAAGAGCACUGUGCAGCAGCUUCAGCCAUUGCCAUUUGAAGAUUCCUGGAAUUUGUUUUGCAAAAAGGCAUUCUUGCAGGAUGGAAUAUGCCCGGACGCUCUAAAGGAAACUGCCGAGGACAUUGUGAAGAAGUGUGUUGGUUUGCCUCUUGCUAUUGUUGCUGCAGGGAGUAUGAUGUCCGGGAAAGAACAAACAGAUACUAAAUGGAAAAGUGUCCUGGCAAGCAUUCAGAAGGAUCUAAGCAAUGGUCAAAUGGGAAUCCAGCAGACACUGCUCUCAAGUUAUAGGGACCUCCCACAGCCUUUGAAGCCAUGUUUUAUGCUGCUCUCUGUAAUCCCAUAUGAGUCACAGAUCUCCCGAAAGAAAUUAGUUCGGUUAUGGAUUGCCGAAGGGUUUGUGAAAGAAAAGGCUGAUGAGACACUUGAAAUGACUGCAGAGAAGUACCUCAUGGAGCUGAUCAACAAAAGCAUGGUAGAAGUGGCAACAGCAAGCAUCAGUGGGAGAGUAAAAGCAUGCAGAGUUCAUGAUCUUCUUCACGAUCUUGCCAUUUGGCUGUCUGAAAAUGAGAAAUUUUCCAUCAUCUGCGCUGAUAAAGGCCCAAGUGUUAGUGAUCGGCGCGUAUCAAUGCAAAUGCCUCAUGUAUCAUUCAGCAAUGAACACAAGAAAAGAUUGCGAUCUGUUUUCAUGUUCAACAACAGUGCACCAAUUGCAAUUAAAUGCAAUGUUAUUUCAAGGAGCUUUGGUCUGGUAAGAAUUCUGGAUUUUGAAGAUGGUAACAUGCUAGAACUUCCAAAAGAGAUCGGAGGCUUAGUUCACUUGAGGUACCUUGGACUAAGGGGAACGAAGUUGAAGAAGCUCCCAAGAACAAUGAACAAGCUCUAUCACUUGCAAACUCUUGAUAUCAGGAAGACUCAGAUAAAGAGAAUCACAUUUCAAAUCAAAUGUUUAAGAAAUCUACGACAUCUAGAGAUGAAACAAGAUGACCAAUGCAUCCAGAUCCCGAUAGGAUUUAAUCAGCUUGACAAACUCCAGAUAUUAACUGGGUUGCAAGCAAGCACAGCCGUGGUUUGUGAGAUUGCAAGCCUUACCCAGCUGAAGAAGCUUUCGAUAGAGGAUUUAAAAAAUGAAGAUGCCAAAGAGCUAUGCUCUUCUGUGAACAAUAUGAAGGAACUAUCAUACCUAUCCAUCUUCCCUAGCGAUGGCACCAGGCCACUUGAUCUUGCAAUGUUGAAACCUUCUUCAUGUCUACAGAAGCUGCAUCUAGCUGGAUCUUUGCAGACAUUGCCAAAUUGGUUUGCUCAACUACACAACCUUACAAAGCUGCGCUUGAGCUUCUCAGAGCUGGAAGAUGACCCGCUUUCAGUUCUUGUUCGAUUGCCGAAUCUGCUGUUCCUCCAGCUGAACAAUGCAUACAAGGGGAAAGUAAUGAGAUGCUGCCGUUCCGGUUUUCUAAAGCUGAAAAUCUUCAUCAUAACUGAACUUGAGGAACUGGAGCGGUGGGAUGUUGUUGAUGGAGCAAUGCCAUGUGUUCAAGAAGUGUGGAUCAUGUCAUGUGCAAAGUUGGCAGCUAUUCCUGCUGGGUUCCAGUCACUUGCUACAUUGCAGAGGUUGAGAUUGGUGGGCAUGUCAAGCUCCUUUCUUGGUAAAUUGGGGGAUGGUGGUGAUGAUUUUAUAAGGGUCAGACAUAUUCCAUCUAUCCAGAUCAUUCAACAGUUUGGGCAGCCCUAAAAUUGUCCUGCAAAUAGGUUUCCUACCACGAGCUGACAAGAUUUGAAGAUGAUGAUAUCUUAAGAGUUUUUUUCCCUUUUGUGUGUGUGUGUGUGUGUGUGUGUGUGUGUCGCCAUGACAGUGACAGCAUGGUUCUUUUCCGUGUGCCAUGCUUCGCUUCCAAUGAUCAGCAGAGCCUCCACUGCCUCGCUGCUCCCUCUACCGGUUCCAAACUAGGUGUACAUUUUAGAUGAAAGGUGCCCUUAUGUUUAAUCUUUAAGGCCCAAUGUACCAUAAAGAAGCUCCUUUGAGUAUGUUAGCAGUCAGUAGAAUUGCUUGCUGUAAAUUGUAAUUAUGAGAUAUUAGAAGGUUUUUAUAUUCAGGCAAACUGGAUUGCACAACAAUAU